AUGGGAGGAAUUUACGUUCGCUUCAAAGAGACCGUCCAUCCUAUUUGGAUUGGAACUCUGAAACCAGUUGAAUCUACAAUGAAUUCAAAGCUCAAGUAUAUUGGUACACACGAAUUAUUGAGUAUAAGUUUCAUUGGUAGCGAAGAAAGCAAUGCUGACUUCAUCCCGGUUGAAGGUACAACUGAACAAGCUUUAGAUGUAAUGAUGACGAAAAUGAACGAAUUACGAAAGAAAUACCUUCCAGAGGUAUUGAUGAAACAUGACAAGAAACAUGGAAAUGUAUCAAAAGGUGAAAAGCUUUGGAUUCGUUCAAUUGAAGAAUUAGGACGAAAUAUUGAGCAAAACAAAAGGAUUGGACAAUACAAUGUGGAUGGAUUUGAUAAAGAAUCAACCACUGUUUAUGAAUUCAAUGGGUGCUUCUUUCACGGUUGUAUCAAGUGUUAUAAACAAGACGAUAUUAACCCACUAACAGGAGAUACGAUGAACAUAUUGUAUGAAAAAAUAGCCAAAAAGGAAGCAGCUCUCAAACAAAUGGGAUACAAAAUCAAAUCAAUUUGGGGUUGA